CAAGACUAGUUAAAGACUGAUAUGAAAAACAGAGCAGAUUACUACCUCAAACUGAACAAUGGAGAUGACGGAGAGCGGUGACUCCAGUAAAACUCCUAGAUUUACUAAAGACUUUCAGCUUUUAGUCUGGGACUGGGGACAUCUUUUCCAGCAUUAUAACCCAUAUAAUGACUGUGAAGUUGCGUCUGUCUUUUCUCUUGUGACCUAUUUUAUCCUGUAAUCCAACACAGAAACCAGUUCUCCUUCAACAUGGACGGCUUUGACAAUUGGACGUCCAUAUCUGGGAACGGCAGCUACCCCAGCUACCCCCCGUACCCCAACAACGUGUCCGAGGUGGCUGCCCCGAUGCCCUUCAACGUGGUCACCGCCGUCAUCUACGCCAUCGUCUUCGUCGUGGGUCUCCUGGGGAACACGCUGGUCAUCCACGUGAUAGUUCGCUACACCAAGAUGAAGACUGUCACCAACAUGUACAUCCUGAACUUAGCCCUGGCGGAUGAACUCUACAUCCUGGGGAUCCCCUUCCUGGGCACCAACAGCGCUCUGUCCUACUGGCCCUACGGGGAUUUCUUCUGCAAGGUUUGCAUGACUGCUGACGCCAUGAGUCAGUUCUCCUCCACCUUCUGCCUGACGGUGAUGAGCAUCGACCGCUACCUGGCUGUGGUUCAUCCUCUCCGCAGCGCCAAGUGGAGGAAGCCCCAGGUGGCCAAGGUCUUCAACGGCAUGGUGUGGCUGGUGUCCUUUGUGAUCGCGCUGCCGGUCACCAUCUACUCCGGCGUUCAGAAGGAUCUCAACACCUGCAACAUCAGCUGGCCUGAGCCGGAGAAGCUGUGGUCCAUCGUCUUCAUCCUCUACACGUCCAUCCUGAGCUUCUUCGGCCCGCUGGUCGUCAUCUGUCUCUGCUACCUGCUCAUUGUCAUCAAGGUGAGGUCGGCAGGUGUCCGUGCAGGUCUGACGAAGCGUCGUAAGUCAGAGCGUAAGGUGACGCGCAUGGUGGUGAUCAUCGUGUUGGUGUUCGUUCUCUGCUGGCUGCCGUUCUUCACCACCAACAUCGUCAACCUGAUCCACAUCAUCCCCGAGAACAACACCACCGCUGCCGUCUACUUCUUCCUGGUCAUCCUCACCUACGUCAACUCCUGCGCCAACCCCAUCCUCUACGGCUUCCUCUCCGAGAACUUCAAGCAGAGCUUCCAGAAGGUGCUCUGCUUCCACAAACCCAACGGAGUGAGCUGCACGGGCCAGAGAGGAGACCCACGAAACGCAAACCACAAAGCUGCGCUCUCGACCAGAAACCAGAUGCCGAAUGGAAACCUGCAGAGCGCUCAGAUGGAGGUUAUUGGGGACGUUGCCAGUCAGCCUUUAACUACCAAACCAGAGAUGAACGGCCAGCCGACACUUUGAGGUUUCACCAUGUGGCGGCGUGCUACAACAUGGGACUUGAACGAUUUACUCCCGGAGCCUUUGAUUGAUUGGUAUUUCCUGUCUUUACUGCUGAUCCUCCUUCUCCGACAUGGAUAUUUGUUGAGAGAGGGAACCAAAGCUGGCGUUCAUCACAGAUCUGCAUUUCAUGUUUGUUAUUCUGUUACCAGGUUGGAUUCAUUGUUCAAAGCAUUAAAGAUAUUAGAGUCAUGGGACUUCAAAAUGCUUAAAAUUCUCAAAUAUAUUUACUUUAACCACUGAGAAAACUCCUUUUCAAACAGGCUUAUAUUGGACACAGGCAUUUUCUAUAUUUCAGUUUUAUAUUUGAUCAGAUUUUAGGAAGAGAUCUUGUUUCCUGAUGUGCUUUUGUUUUAUUUGCUGUUGAUGUUUUUUGCUGUUAAUGGAACACAUCCUCUAUGUUUAACUGUUAUCUUGAUAAAUUCAGUAUAAUGCACAUUUAACAGCACUAAGACACGUCUAUGCAGGACAUGUUGAGCUGGU